CCUGAUACAUGUGUAAAAGCAGAUGAAUGUUUAAAUAAUAUAUUAAAAUAAUUAAGUGUAAUGUUAUAAAGCAAAGAAUUGUGGCUUCACUUUGUCAUUUGCUUUCUCUUUCGCACAUUAUUUCAAAAUGGCAGCCGCUACGGACGAGCUGAUCUUGCUGGAGAGAGUGUUUCUCCGAUUGGGGUCUGCAGAAACCGAUGAACAAUUACAGACAUCUGUCUGUAAAUUUUUGCCUCCAGUGUUACUUAAGUUAUCCAGUGCACAAGAGGGUGUCAGGAAAAAAGUAAUGGAGCUACUAAUUCAUAUAAAUAGAAGAGUAAAAAGUAGGCGCCACGUUCAGCUUCCAGUUGAGGCACUUUUAUUACAAUAUCAGGACCCAGCUGCCAGUUCAUUUGUGAUUAAUUUUACAAUAAUAUAUAUAAAACUAGGCUACCCUAGGAUGGAAAUGGAUAAGCAAGCUAAGUUAGUUCCAAGUGUACUGAAUGCCAUUGAGGGAAAACCAUUGUCUCAUCAAGAUAGUUUAUUACUUAUUAUUAUGCCUGUGUUGGGUCAUAUUGAUGUCCCUAUGGAUCCAAAUAAACGGGCAUCUCUCCUUGGUUUGCAAGAUAAACCUUAUGUAGCAAAACAGUUAAUCAAUUUCAUGCUGGAUGUAUUAUUACUACCAUAUGGGUCGGUAGGGCAAACAGAAAAUCAACAACCAGGUCAAACAAUUGAUUGGUCACAAUUUCCUGUACCACCAGGGUUAAGCGAAUAUGCGUUCAAAAGAGUAAUAGGUGAAAAUCCACCAACAGCAGAACAGCUUGAACAAACAAAGCUGGGAAUUGUCAAAUUUCUUGCAGCAGGAUUUUUUCCUGAUUCAGAUAUCCUUGUCCAUUUGAUAGUAGCAGCUGCAGAUACUAGAUUCAGUGUUGCUAAUAUGGCAGACUUGGAAUUGAAAAAGAUUGUUAAUACAUUAGAUUGGUCUUUGGCUCAGUUAGCUGCUCCGCUUUACACAUUAUUUUUGGGUACCGACGCUUUAGCAACACAAAAAGAAGUCAAGCCAGAAAUGAAGCGACUGCCUGCGAGUAUCCGAAUUCGUCUAAAACUGUUGCAUUAUCUUUGCCGUGUAACUAAAGCUGGAUUUAUUAUACCGUCAUGCAUUCAGGUAGUUUUCGAUUCGCUUUACGGAAAGAAUACAAACGCAAAGUUAAAGUCAAUGGCAUUACAAUUUACAUCAAAUAUUGUACAACAAUGUAGCCUUACACCACUACCACACGUGGCUGGUGUUAUUUUAGAUGGCAUGACAAAAUUGAUUUCCGAGGGAUCUGCAGAAAAACGAGAGUCUGGCGUUUGCGCCGAGAAUCACAAAGUAAUGGCGUACACUGUUAUCGGUCAAAUGGGACAAAGAAUUCCAUCGCUGAUCAAUAAAAAUUCAAAUUUGUUACGUAAUCUAUUUGAUACGCUCGUGUCGACUGAAGGUGAUUUACAAAGAGCAGCACGGGACGCGCUAAUUUCUGUAACGUCUGCAUUUGUACUUAGUAAAGACGAUGAAACUAAAAUAGCUUUAAUGAAUGAUUUAUUAUCCAAGUAUAUCGAAUCGCCGGAAUCUAACGUCAGAUUCGUGGCUAUGCAUUACGCUGCAAACGUAUUCCCUUCCGAAGACGCACCUUCUCGUUAUCUUUUGUUGUUAGCAUGUGGAGACGAUAAACACGAAAUUAGUACAGAAGCCAUGAAGGUUUUAUACAGUGUUUUGAAUAAAAACGAGAACGAUAAACAGGAUAGCAGUCAGGUUUUGUUACCAGAUUUUCAAAAACUUGUUAUUUACAUUUAUUCAAAGAUGCAGACAAGAAUGCCCACUUCUAGCGGCGGAAAAGUGAACGUCGAGAGUAAAGUACUUCCAUACAGUAUCGCUAUUUUUACACAGAUGAUUACUUAUCUUCGUAUUUGUUUAGCAAACAGUGCUAAUGUUACUGUACAUAAAGAACCGCUGCAACAUCCUUGCGAAAGUACACCGUUAAUUGCACGUUAUCUAGAAAACCUGUACAAAAAUCGACCAGAAACGUUAAACAAUUAUUUUGAUAUGAUUUUAAUACUUAAUCAUGCUUCUGCAGAUCAGUCAUCUCUACAAGCUUUAUUGGAAGUGAUCGGUUCUGUGCCACAGUAUGUAACGAAAAUUUAUGAAAAAGAGCUGUUGUGGCUUCAUAAUUUACUUGCAUCUGUUAAGCCAAAUGUAAGGCAAUUAGCUGCUAAAAUAUAUGGCAUAACAACUGCUCAGCUUUCCACAAAUGACUUCGAGGGUCAAAUUUCUGAGAUUACGAACAUCAUGAAUAAGAAGAACUUGGAAGCACAACACGGAGCAUUAUUAACCUUAACGUACAUGAUGGAGAGGAGAAUAAUUUUUCGAAAAACUAACCCAAAUGAUGCUUUCUUCAAUUUAGAUGUUUAUAUUAAUGUUGUGAAAAUGAUUUUCACUUUCCUUCGCGAUAAUACAACAUUGUUAAUGGAUGCUGCAAUUCAAAGCAUUGGUAUUUUGGGGAAAACAUAUAGUUUACCAUUACCUAACGAGGGCGAAGGUGAACCAAACAAGAAAGCCAUUGUCGAAAUACUAUUUUCCGUCGUGAAUAAUGUCAAAUUAAACACUAAGAUUAAAGAAAAAGCUGCUCUCUCAUUGGGAUAUUUGUGCAUUGGAGAAGAAUUUCCACAUACCGAGGAAAUUGUGAAUAAAAUAAUUGCAACAGUUAAAGAUACGAAAGACAUUGAGAUGCACUUAAUUAUGGGAGAAGCAUUGGUUUGCUGUGUUCAGGGACAAGCGUCUCCGGAGGGACGGGAUGCUUGGACAAUAUUGUCAAAUGAACAUAAAGUACCUUACAGUAAUGCCAGUACCGAACUUUUGAUACGUACGUUGGAUGAAUUGCUUAGGAUAUAUAAAGAUCCCCAUCCUAAUUUAAGACAGGCGAUCUGUGUGUGGUUAUUAGCACUUUUAAAGUAUAAUAUCCAGAGGGAAUGUAUUAAAGAAAGAUUUUCGUCGUUGCACCAUGCAUUCAUGGAUUUUCUUUCAGAUGACAGCGAUAUUGUGCAGGACAUAGCAGCAAAAGGACUUAGUUUGAUACAUAUUAAUAGUACGAAAGAACAAAAAGAAUCUUUGGUUUCUAAUAUACUGGAGCAAUUUACGAAAGGGCGUAAAACUGCGCAACAAGUUACACCCGAUACAAAAUUGUUCGAAGAAGGUCAACUAGGAAAAUCUCCAACAAACGGAAAUUUAUCAACGUAUAAGGAAAUUUGUUCUCUGGCCACUGAAUUACAGAAACCAGAUUUAGUAUACUAUUUUAUGCAUUUAGCAAAUCAUAAUGCGGUAUGGACGUCUAAGAAAGGUGCUGCGUUUGGGUUUGCAGCUAUCGCUAAAGUAGCAAACGAUGAAUUAAAUAAGUAUUUACCGAGCAUAAUUCCGCGCUUAUACAGAUAUCAAUACGAUCCGACCCCUAAAAUUCAACAAAGUAUGUCGAGUAUUUGGCGUGCGAUUGUUCCGUCAACGAAUAAGGCUAUUGAGCAAUAUCAUAAAGAAAUAUUGAGCGACAUAACUGAAAAUUUAACGAAUCACGAAUGGAGAGUGCGCAUCAGUUGUUGCAAUGCGCUUGCGGAUCUAUUAAGAGCAAACGUUCGUUUUAAUCUAGCGGAAUGUGCACCUGAAUUAUGGAAGAAACUAUUCCGAGUAAUGGAUGAUAUUCACGAGGGUACCCGAUUAGCAGCCACAAAUACAACUAAAAUACUUAGUAAAGUUUGUAUUCGAUACUCUGAUGCUUCCUAUGGCAAGGAGGGUGAAGAAGUUAUACAAGCAGUGUUACCAGUAUUACUAGAUAUUGGGAUUGUACAUAUUUUGAGUACCAUAAGAUCAGUGUCUCUGCAAACUGUGUCGCAAUUAGUCUCGAGAGCUGGUACUUUGCUGAAACCAUCUCUAGUCAUUUUAAUUCCUGCGCUUUUAAGUACAAUCGGGGAAUCAGAAAAUCCUAAUGUGUCAUAUUUAAGUAACAUAUACUCAGCAACAUCGGAGACACGAGAGGCGAUCGACAAUAUUAGAGCUAGUGCUGCCAAAGGCCAUUAUGCUACUGACACAGUGACGAAAUGCAUACAGUACAUCGACUCAGAAAUUUUAAAGGUAUUAAUGCCAAAAGUCAUAGAUCUAAUCAAAUCUAGCGUGGGAUUUGGAACAAAAAUUAGUUGUUCGCAUUUUGUAAUUCUUCUAAGUACUCACUUCAAAAAAGAAUUGGAACCUUACGCUGGUAAACUGUUAUCGGCUCUAAUGAAUGGUCUAUCGGAUCGCAAUUCUAUCGUUAGAAAAAAUAAUGCGUCUGCUAUUGGACAUAUAGUUGGAUCAGCGAAAGAAUCGAGCCUUGAUAAAUUAUUCAAAACACUUAACACAUGGUAUACAGAACGAGAUGAUACAACCAAAUUAGCUAUUGGACAAACAUUGCAAGCUAUAAACAAUUAUCAUCAGGACAUAUUAAGAAACUAUUCAAAUAUCGUUAUACCGCUUACAUUUUUUGCGAUGCAUAUGCAUAAAACACGAGAUAAUGAAAAUUUGGUUGAUUUAUGGAAUGAUUUAUGGAACGACAUAACACCGGGUACUGAGGCCGGAAUUAAGCAAAACGUAGAAACGGUAACGGAACUUUUACGUUCAUCUUUGGAAUCGUCAUCUUGGACUACGAAAGCUCAAGCUGCAAAUGCAAUCCAUACUCUAGCUGAAAAAUUAGGCAGCGAUAUCGAUGUAACCAUGAGGAAUACAUUGUUGAAGGUGUUAACGGAUAGCUUACGUGGAAGAACUUGGGAUGGAAAGGAACGAUUAUUAAACGCACUUGCUACGUUAGCGUGCAAUAGCAAACAAGCUCUUAAAGAGGAUUCUGAAACAUCUACAGUUAUAGUGCAAGUAUUGCAUCGAGAAAGUAAGAAGGAAGCUUUAGAAUACCGUCGUUACGCGUUACAAGCAUUUGGCAUGGUCUUGCACGCACUGGACAUUGAUAAAUUUAAAGAGGUAUAUGACAUUGCUAAUGAAAUUUGGACAACGUUGCCAAAGAAAGAUGAAAACGAAUCUUUGAUCUUCGAUGAGAAAGUAAAGAGGGACGAGAAUAUUCUAAAAUUAUACGAGACUGUUUAUGGUACACUUGGGAAAGCAUGGCCUUCCUGUAAAGAAACUCAAGAUAAAUACUGUGUAGAAUUUGUAACCCAUUUUGGCACGAAGUUUCCCGUGCAGUCUACACCCAUUCAAAUAUCAAUGUUAGCAACGCUUAACCUAUUUGUCGAUAAACUUGCUUUGCUCAACGUGAACAGUUCUAAAUUGUCGAUAAAAGAAGAAGAAAUGUUAAGUGUGAUUUGCGAUACACUUAACAAAAUACUAAAACAGAGUAUAGGUAUUUCGUAUAUCAGAAUAAGGAAAGAAGCCUUGAAUAUAGCUUUAUCUCUGGGUAAGAAAUUACGCGAUACUGGAAAUACUAAACAAUUUGAUCAAAUGGCCGAAAUAUUUCGAGAGGUUAUGCCACAAUUAACAAAGGAUAACGUACCGGAAAUUCGAAUUAGGCUUAUGGAUAUCAAAGAAAUAUUUAAACUAUGAAGACGCUGAACGAUUUUAGUACUAUCUAAUCGAUGUUGUGUACCUUUAUGUUGGUAACUGCAUUUUCAGUCAUUUCAGAAUAACAAAAAAGUAUAAUAUCUGGCAAUACCUGUUCAUUUAAUUGUUACAUCGUUAUAAACGUGGUUAGUAUUAACAGUAACAACAAAUAAUACAUUAUUUAAAUUUCACUUUAGCAUUGGUAUUUUUUAUAAUUUCCUAUUUUUUUUAUAUUGUGUUGUAAAGAGAUAGGAAAAAUAUAUAUAUAUAUUUGUCUCCUUG